ACGACGUUGACACUCUUUUUGACCCGACCACGUCCUCCGACCCAACGCAAGCCCAAAUAUGGUGGAUAUCCUCGUUCUCGGCGCGACAGGCUUCACGGGCCGUCUCAUCACGCAGUAUCUCUACAACCACCCACAACGGUCCACGUUCACGUUCGCCAUCGGCGUGCGCUCGAAAGCGAAGGCAGACACGCUCAGGCAGUCGCUCGGGCUCGAUGACAGCGUGCCAUUCGUCGAGUUGGACGUCGCGAGCUACGCGCAGGUUGAGGCCGCGGUCAAGGGCGCGAAGGUGAUCAUUAACACCGUGGGCCCGUUCUGGCUGUGGGGGACGAACGUCGUGCGCGCGUGCGCCGUGCACGGGAAGCGCUAUGUCGAUAUCAACGGCGAGCCGUAUUUCGUGCGAAACAUCAUCGAGAACUUCGACUAUCUAUCCACUAAGACGGGCGCCAUCAUCGUUCCUUCAUGCGGACUAGACUCCCUUCCCGCAGACAUUAUCGUGUACCUCUCGAACCGCACUCUCAAGACCACACUCGGCGUGCAGACCCAGCUUGGUCUCUCCCAGUCGUACUACUCGGUCCGCGUCAAGCCCUCAGGCGGCACGCUCGCCACGAUGAUCACGAUGAUCGAGAAAGUGCCCCGGGUACGCGUAGCGGAGUCGUACAGAGACUAUGCGUUAAGCCCAAUCCCCGGAUCGUCGAGCCCGCCUGACCGUCCUGCGACACGCGAGCCGUUUACCUCGCCGCCCCAAUACGGCGCCCUGUGGCCUAUGGGAGCCACAAACCGCGCGAUCGUCCAGCGCUCGUACGGGGUGUACCAGUACACGCUCGACAACGUGCUCACGUUGUUUGGAAGCAAGCGCGCGCAAGAGAAAGAGGCGCAAUUCCAACCGCUCGCGUAUGGCCCCACGUUUAGCUACGCCGAGUACCUGGUGCCCAGCUCAGGCAGCUACUUGUCAGCAGUGCUCUACAGCUCAGUACUGGCUGCGGUCGUAGGGCUGCUGCUGGUCACGCCGAUUCGAUGGGUCGUGAAGAAGUUUUUGAUCCAGUCCGGUGAUGGACCUUCUCAAGAGGACAUGGACAAGGGCUUCCUCAAGCUCACGAACUACACCGAGACCGCGUCGUUCCCCAAAACCUGGGCGAAGUCCGUCAUGCACGGCGAUGGCGACCCGGGCUACCGCCUGACCGCUUGCAUGAUAUCAGAAUGUGCGCUCGGACUGUUGCUCGACGACGCCUCGCUACCUCCGAGUGCGCGACCCGGAGGCAUCCUCACGCCUGCCACGGCGCUCGGCGAGGUGAUCGUGCGCCGGCUGGAGGCCACGGGGCGCGUGCGCUUUGAGAGCGAGGUCCUCAAGGAUACCGAGGAGAGCAGGAAGGCGCGGUAAGCGCAGGACGCCGAGUGGUGUUUGGAGCGGAGGCCCUGGAGGAUUUAAUCUAGUUUUUACUGUUAUAUGUGGACGCUUUACACUUACACUCGGACUAUAGCUUAGACAAAUGGAUCAGUACUGCUUACUUA